CUUAAUAGCAAGUUGUCAUACAGUUUGCUAUCAGUAGAACUUCAAAUGAGGUUGAUAAUUAUGCGCGUCGGAGGCUUGAUAAGAGACUCCUGACAACAAAUGCAUGUACUGGAUCAUUAACCUGAUAUAAAAGAUUGCUUGACAAUGCCUGGAUACACAGACCUAAAAACCAACAAAGGUUUAAUCGUUGUUAUUUUAAUUGUUGGAGUUUUUAUAAUUGUUUCCUUUUGCAACAACUCAAUUUUGGACCAUUUGAGUAAAAAUCCUAAAUUCCUAGCGAAUGGCACAAAUGUUAUGGACAUGGUAUAUCAGGACGUCGACAUUGAUUUAUACUUGACUGAAAGUCGUACACUGUUGCAUAACAAUUCAGACUUUCAAAGGCAAAGUACCGAACACAUGACACUUGCGAAUUUGGUUACAGUAACUGAAAGUUCGGAAGUAGAUGAUUUUGGGAACAUCAAAUAUUCAAGUAAAAAUAAAAGGAAAAUGGACUGCCAUAAUUGUUUUCUUCACGAUUUCAAAUAUAUAAUUGAUAAUCCCAACAUAUGCAAUGGAAAUGGACAAGAGGCAGCAAAACUAUUUAUAUUUGUAUUUACAGAGCACUCAAACACUGAUAAAAGAAAUGCUAUUAGAAAGACAUGGUUGUCAUUGUCGAAUAAUAAUACAUCGGAAGUUCGUUACGCAUUUUUACUUGGAGAAACUGAAGAAACACAUCUACGGGAUGCCGUAUUGAAGGAAAAUGAAAUCUACCAUGACAUCAUCAAGGAAAACUUUAAGGAUAGCUAUAGAAAUUUAACAUAUAAAACAAUAUUGGGGUUGAAGUGGGUAACCGAAAAAUGCGCAAGUGUGAAAUUCGUAAUGAAAACGGACGAUGAUGUAUUUGUGAAUAUACAGUCGUUGAUGCUGAUGCUGAAUAGUAGCAAAAUAUUAAAUCAAAUGCAUGCAAUUUUUGGGGCCUGCCAAUUAAUUGCUGGACCAAAUCGAGACAGUCAUUCAAAGUGGUAUGCUUCCGUUUUUUCUUAUCCAGAGAGUUUAUAUCCAGGUUUUUGCUCAGGAACAGGAUAUUUAAUGAGCUCCAGCGUUGCAACGGCUUUGUAUAAAAUAUCGCCAAAUAUUCCAUUCUUUCACCUUGAAGAUGUCUACAUAGCACUGUGUAUGAAAUCCCUUGGGUAUAGGCUUAUUCCAACGACUGGCUUUAUGGCAUAUAAGUCUAAUUUGUGUGAAUAUAAAUACAUGGAUGUUGUGACUGUACAUGGUAUACCCCCAUAUAAUAUGGAGGAAAUAUGGAAUUCACAGUGCUAAAUGUAUUGCAAAGUGUAAACAGUAUCUAUUAUAAAUACGUGUAGUGCAUGGAUGGAUCGCUUUUAUUGUAGAAUGCACGUUCUAAAUGUGAUGUUAAGUGGCAAGAUAUGUAAUUAACGACUGAAAGGCAUGAGGCAAAUUUGGUAACACAUAAAACAUGAUAUUGUUUUAAAACUUAAGGAUCAAAACAGAAGAAUCACCAAGACCGCACAUUUUAGUUCAUUUUAAGGUUUGAUUUAUAGCAAACAUAAUACAUUUGUUUUUUAUACAUCGACGGGUGAGAUGAAUCAAGAUGAAUAUCGACAGAUAGCUAACUAUUGUCAAAAGACAUUCACAAAACGAUACAAACGAAAUUUUAACAUUUCUUCUGAAAAUAACUUGUAUAUUGUAACUCCCCAUUUCUCCAAAGUAUUUUGCAAUUUGCAAAGGAUUUAGGUUUUUUUCUGAUCAAG